GUAGAAGCCAAACUCUUUCUCAAAUUCAGAACAAUCAAAGAAUCGAAGGAGAAAAAGAAGAAGAAACAAGACCCAAAAAUGUCGGGAAUCAUGCACAAGAUCGGUGAAGCCCUUCACGUGGGAGGUGAUCACAAGAAAGAGGAGGAGAAGCACAAGGGCGAGCACAAGGGCGAGCACAAGGGAGAGGCCGAUCACGGCCACGACAUGGGCGAGCACAAGGAAGGCAUUGUUGAUAAGAUUAAGGACAAGAUCCAUGGCGAUGGAAGUAAGGAACACGGUCACGAUGGCGAGAAGAAGAAGAAGAAGGAGAAGGAGAAGAAGAAGCAUGAAGAUGGCCAUGAAAGCAGCAGCAGCAGUGAUAGUGAUUAGAUCUCCCACCAUUAUCGUCUCGUUGCAUGGGAUGAAAGUGAAGGCUUGUCAAGAUAUUUGUAUUUGCUAUGCAUUUGACUUUGUGAGGAAAAAAAAAGGAGAAAAAUAAGUCUUAUUUUAUGCUUUAUAUUAAAUUGGUAUUGUGUGAUGUAUUUUGGCAGCCUGUGAAUGAAAUAUGAUA